AUGGAUUCUAUUAGGGAUUGGAAUGUGGUUCGAAGUAACAAUGAAAAAUUGGGAGGAAACAAUGUGCCAAUAAGGGUGCUCAAAGAAUUUAAUGAAGUUAUUAACAGUUUAGCUCUCACUGAUAUACCUGUUAUUAAUGGAAGUUAUACUUGGUGCAAUAAUAGAAGGGUUGCUAAGAGGAUUUAUGUUCAGUUGGACCAUGCAAUGGUUGAGCUUGAAAAUAGUCAAAUUGCUUUAUCUUCCAAUCCUUUGUGUGAGGACAGUAUUCAAAGGGAGGUUGAUGCUAGACAAGGUUAUGAAUCUACUUUAUCAAAUGAAGCAAUCCUCUUAUCUCAAAAAUCUAGAUUGAAGUGGACUAAAGAGCAGGACAGAUGCUCUAAAUAUUUUUAUCAGAAAAUUAAGGAUCGUAGGUACUAUAUUGAGCUGUUUUCUUCUAAAGGCCAAACCAGUAUUCCCUUAGCAGUUUAUUUAAGGAAAACUCUUAAUUGUGAAGAUGCUGCAGUUCUUGAAGUUCUAAUUACUAGGGAGGAAGUUAAAAGGACUAUUUUCAGUAUGGGAAUAGACAAAGCCCUUGGACCAUAUGGUUUUACAGUUCAUUUUUUUAGAGUUUACUGGGAUAUCAUUAGAGUUGAGGUUGCAAAUGCAGUGAUGAAGUUUUUUAACUAUCCUACUUUAGGCAAAGGGUUGAAUAGUACCUUCAUUACAUUGGUUCCCAAGGUUAAGGAGGCUACUAAGGUAGAGGAAUUCAUACCUAUUUCUCUAUGUAAUGUACUAUACAAGAUUAUAACCAAAAUUUUGGCUGAUAGGCUUGGAUCAGUUUUACACAAAAUCGUGGGAAAAGAGCAAAAUGCUUUUGUUGUUGGAAUGAAAAUUCAAGAUAAUUUGAUUCUUGCCAGUGAGUUACUGAAAGGUUGGAUUAAGGCAUGUAUUACAUCUGUUUGGUUCUCUAUUCUUGUCAAUGGAAGCCUUUGUGGCUUUUUCCAACCAUCUAGAGCUAGGAAAUCAAAUCUCAUAGUUUCUGACCAAUUUUUUGCUGAUGAUUUGCUUGUGGUGGUUAAGGCUAACAUGGCUUCAGUGUUAACUCUUAGAAGAAUAAUGCAGAAUUUUGAGGACUCUUUUGGUUUACCUAUAUCUAAUAAAGGACUGAAGAGGAUUGAUUGCAAGCCUCUGUUAGAUAAAGCAUCUGUUUUCAUAUUACCAUCUACUGUCAUUAAUGUUCUUAAGAGACGGAUGAUAAAUUUUGUUUGGGGGCAUGAGGAUAGCACUGUUAAGUUAUAUGGAUUAUGUUGGAAGAAAAUCACUGCUCCUAAACAAGAGGGAGUUCUAACUGGGAUAACUUACAGAGAAGGGGAAUUUCUCUUGCUUCUAGAUGUUGUUUGUAUGAAAAUAAUGAGGAAUCAGUUGAUCAUGUUUUUAUCUAUUGUAGUUAUUCUUGGCAGAGGUCCUCAUGUUGUUACUUUAUCUGACUCUGAUAUUUCGGAUAAUGAAGACAAUGAAGUUCAUGAUGAACAGGUACAAGAGGCUGAAAAGGACGAUGAAAUAUUGAAGAAGAUGGUCGAAGAAACCAUUGAAGUCAAACAGACAAUCAAUAAGCUAGUAAAAAAGCUUAUCUAA